UUGAAACAAGCCUCUCGUUUUGAUCUUUGAUUCUUUCCGCUGAAACCAAUCAUCCACUCGUCUCCGGGAACGUUACGACCGGUCUCAUUCCAGCAGAUCUGAUCCAUUGGAUAUCACUCAACCCUCCAUCCAACUUCAGGCAGUCACCGACUCUUGCAAUAAAUUUGGUCAAUAGACAACGGCACAUCUCUUCGGAAAGAGACAUGUGAUGCUUCUGAAAACUUAUAUUCAGGUUUGCUUUUGGAAUGCCACUAACAUGGCACGCGUCGAUUCAUUCGGUCAAUCAGAAAAGAUCGAUAGACGGUUUCAAAAAAGAAAAAAGAAAAAAAAAAAGGGAAAAAACAAAAGCAGAUCAAACCUUGAAAUCUUGAUACCCAUUUUCACUCACAACAUCAUAUCAUUGGAAAAAAGGAGGGCAAAAGUAACCUUUUUUCUCACAUGGCUUCCAUUUUGUCUGGUGUUCUAUCUACCACAAUCUACCCCUAUCCUCUUCGUUGAGGACAGAUAUUUUGAAUUAUUUUGCUUUCCAUAUUAUCUCUCUUUUGGGCUCGCGAUUUACUCUUGUUCCAAGUCAAUCAUUUGUACAGUAGACUAUCAUUAUUUGCGUUUGCGUUUGGGAUUACACGUUGGGAUUGCAAUUUCUUUAUUAUCUUACGGUUUGAAACAGCCAGGACCUUUUACGGCUUUAUAGGGAUGGAUCGAUGUAUACAAUGAGCCGGCAUGUGAAUAUGUUCUUCUUCUGCCUUUGCUUUGGAUUAUUUGGAUCAUUCGUUUCAAUCAGUCAUUCAAUCC